UAAUUGAGAAUCUUUGCUUCACGAUUUUUAAAGUUCACGAAAGAAAAGCACUUCGCAAAGGAACAGAAGGGAGAAGACAUGUCUCCUGGUUGUCUCUGCAUGCAAGCCGCACUAAAGUACUCCUCGGCCGCACCCUGACGGUAUUGAUUUGAUAAAACACCAUGGACACACUACCGACUAUUGUUCUGGUCAGGAUAGUCAGCUACUUGUCGGUCCCUGAGCAGGUUCGUCUGGGCACACGAGUCUUCCCCGAAGCCUUUGCCGAACGAGGACCUGUCAAUGUGGUCCUAUCUCCACUAGAACCACUGCAAGGCAUUCCCGAUCUCGGUUGGUUCGAAUGGGAUCCACAACAAGACUGCUUGACGUUACGUCUGGUACGCGACAACCGACGUCGACCGGAUCAUGCCUGGGUGGAUGCCCAAAUUCCUUUACUAUUGCCAACCGGCAUCAACAACAAUACUCCGGGAGUCUUUUUUCGCUUUCAAAUGGAGCAGUUGCGACCCAAUGGAGGAUACUGUUCCUUGGUACUACGACGCAGCAAAGGAGAAGAAGCGACGGGACAUUUGGAAAUCAAAUUUGAUCAUGCGCUCCUCCGAGGAUACGGAAGUGCUGUGACGGAAGAAGACUUUGGAGUACCCACCUCUAUAGAAGCCAGACAGUGGAUUCAUUUGCAUGUUCAAUUCCUUUGGUCCAAGCGACAAGUCCGAUUGUCGGUGGAUGGAGUGCUGGUCAAAACGGUACAGCUCAACGAGGAAGGAUGGGAUGGCGUUCACGCCAUCUUUCUGAGAGGAUACAAACAUUAUCCAUGGGAACAACACUCCCAGGCUUGGAGUCACAUCUAUGUGGAACGAACUAUACAGUGACUGAUGGACUAGUCUUCUGUACGCAAAUACGUUAUUGACAGCUAGUAGCUACCAGUAGUCCAGUGAAACAAAAAUUAAACCUCUACCGUGACCACGCACAUUUUCACACUUUGGGUGAAAAGGAAACCUGCUUUUUCAGGCAGAUGCAUGGUGGUACCUGGUAGAGGGAAUGAUUCGAUUCGAUCUCUUGAAAGACCUAUAGAACUCAAGGUCAACGUAUGGACACCCUAUCGUUGCUAGCUAGCUAGAGUGCCUUGCUCCAAUUCCUUGCAACCCUUGCUCCGUCAACGAGCGGACAGACAAAGGGUGGAUUGCACGGGAGGCAUGGCAGGGAAAAG